GAUAGCACAUUCUUGGUCUUAGGAAAAAAAUGAUUAAAUGCAAGUUAAUUUCCUUUCCACGAAAAUGGCUUGUUUUAUAGUUCCUUUUGGUUGUUCUCUGAGUCUACUCUGUCUCCAACCAGCUCAAUAUGUAUUAUGUAAAAUAAUACAAAUGUAUUACUAAUGUAAAAGCAGGAACAGGACCAAGCACACAGAAAUAAAUGUUAGUAAUCAAUCAUCUGUCAUUUUUGAGGAUUUGUAAUACCCACCUGAGUAACCUCACAUUUGUGUGCCUUUUAUACUUUGUAAAGUUCUUCCGUAAUUUUCCUUUUAAUGUACAUCUAGAUGUCAGGAUUUACACUAUUGUUAGGAUAUCCUUUUGAGUAAAUUUAGGGUAUACAUUUCUGGGAUUUUAAAAAAAUAUAAUUUUAAUAAUCUAAAGUACAGAUACAAAAUAAUUCAGGCAUUAUAUAUUACACCAAGAAGAAUAUUUCUAUACUAGUGUUAAUAUCUAUUUGGGACUUUAGAUUUACUCUUUUUGGCCUCAUAUGAUCCAUUUCAAUAAUGAUCAACAGCCUUAUAUCUUAUUUCAUUAUCCUGGUGAGCAGGAUUGGAUGGUGAGAAAAGGAAAGACUCCUGUGAGAAGAGAGCAAGAUGAGCAGAGGGAUCUAUGCUUGAAGUUGAGUCACUUGAAAAAAGGUCUCUUUGAAUGUGGAAGAGAUCUGAGCAGAUGAAAAUACAAUCAGGAAAAUGCAACAUGGCAGCAGCGAUGGAAACAGAACAGCUGGGUGUUGAGAUCUUUGAAACUGCAGAUUGUGAGGAGAAUAUUGAAUCACAGGAUCAGCCUAAAUUGGAGCCAUUUUACGUUGAGCGAUAUUCCUGGAGUCAGCUUAAAAAGCUCCUUGCUGAUACCAGAAAAUAUCAUGGCUACAUGAUGGCUAAGGCACCGCAUGAUUUUAUGUUUGUGAAGAGGAAUGAUCCAGAUGGGCCUCAUUCAGACAGGAUAUAUUACCUUGCUAUGUCUGGUGAGAACAGAGAAAAUACACUGUUUUAUUCUGAAAUUCCCAAAACCAUCAACAGAGCAGCAGUCUUAAUGCUCUCUUGGAAGCCUCUUUUGGAUCUUUUUCAGGCAACACUGGACUAUGGAAUGUAUUCUCGAGAAGAAGAACUAUUAAGAGAAAGGAAACGCAUUGGAACUGUUGGAAUUGCUUCCUACGAUUAUCACCAAGGAAGUGGAACAUUUCUGUUUCAAGCUGGUAGUGGAAUUUAUCAUGUAAAAGAUGGAGGGCCACAAGGAUUUACUCAACAACCCUUACGGCCGAAUUUAGUAGAGACUAGUUGUCCCAACAUUCGCAUGGAUCCCAAAUUAUGCCCAGCUGAUCCAGACUGGAUUGCUUUUAUACAUAGCAAUGAUAUUUGGAUAUCCAACAUCGUAACCAGAGAAGAAAGGAGGCUCACCUAUGUGCACAAUGAGCUAGCCAACAUGGAAGAAGAUCCCAGAUCAGCUGGAGUUGCUACCUUUGUUCUUCAAGAAGAAUUUGAUAGAUAUUCUGGCUACUGGUGGUGUCCAGAAGCUGAAACAACUCCCAGUGGCAGCAAAAUUCUAAGAAUUCUAUAUGAAGAAAAUGAUGAAUCUGAGGUGGAAAUUAUUCAUGUUACAUCCCCUAUGUUGGAAACAAGGAGGGCAGAUUCAUUCCGUUAUCCUAAAACAGGCACAGCAAAUCCAAAAGUCACCUUUAAGAUGUCAGAAAUAAUGAUUGAUGCUGAAGGAAGGAUUAUCGAUGUCAUAGAUAAGGAACUAAUUCAACCUUUUGAGAUUCUGUUUGAAGGAGUUGAAUAUAUUGCCAGAGCUGGAUGGACUCCAGAGGGAAAAUAUGCUUGGUCCAUUCUACUAGAUCGCUCCCAAACUCGCCUACAGAUAGUGUUGAUCUCACCUGAAUUAUUUAUCCCAGUAGAAGAUGAUGCCAUGGAAAGACAGAGACUCAUCGAGUCGGUGCCUGACUCUGUGACGCCACUAAUUAUCUAUGAAGAAACCACAGACAUCUGGAUAAAUAUCCAUGACAUCUUUCAUGUUUUUCCCCAAAGUCAUGAAGAUGAAAUUGAAUUUAUUUUUGCCUCUGAAUGCAAAACAGGUUUCCGUCAUUUAUACAAAAUCACAUCCAUUUUAAAGGAGAGCAAAUACAAACGAUCCAGUGGUGGGCUGCCUGCCCCAAGUGAUUUCAAGUGUCCUGUCAAAGAGGAAAUAGCAAUUACCAGUGGUGAAUGGGAAGUUCUUGGCCGGCAUGGAUCUAACAUCCAGGUUGAUGAAGUCAGGAAGCUGGUAUAUUUUGAAGGCACCAAGGACUCUCCUUUGGAACAUCACCUAUACGUGGUCAGUUAUGUAAACCCUGGAGAGGUGACAAGGCUGACUGACCGUGGCUAUUCCCACUCCUGCUGCAUCAGCCAGCAUUGUGACUUCUUUAUAAGUAAGUAUAGUAACCAGAAGAACCCACACUGUGUGUCCCUUUACAAGCUGUCAAGUCCUGAAGAUGACCCAACUUGCAAAACAAAGGAAUUUUGGGCCACCAUUUUGGAUUCAGCAGGUCCUCUUCCUGACUACACCCCUCCAGAGAUUUUCUCUUUUGAAAGUACUACUGGAUUUACAUUGUAUGGGAUGCUGUACAAACCUCAUGAUCUACAGCCUGGAAAGAAAUACCCCACUGUGCUGUUCAUAUAUGGUGGUCCUCAGGUGCAGUUGGUGAAUAAUCGAUUUAAAGGAGUCAAGUAUUUCCGCUUGAAUACCCUAGCCUCUCUGGGUUAUGUGGUUGUAGUGAUAGACAACAGGGGAUCCUGUCACCGAGGGCUUAAAUUUGAAGGCGCCUUUAAAUACAAAAUGGGUCAAAUAGAAAUUGAUGAUCAGGUGGAAGGACUCCAGUAUCUAGCUUCUCAAUAUGAUUUCAUUGACUUAGAUCGUGUGGGCAUCCAUGGCUGGUCCUAUGGAGGAUACCUCUCCCUGAUGGCAUUAAUGCAGAGGUCGGAUAUCUUCAGGGUUGCUAUUGCUGGGGCCCCAGUCACUCUGUGGAUCUUCUAUGACACAGGCUACACAGAACGCUAUAUGGGCCACCCUGACCAGAAUGAGCAGGGCUAUUACUUAGGAUCUGUGGCCAUGCAAGCAGAAAAGUUUCCCUCUGAACCAAAUCGUUUACUACUUUUACAUGGAUUCUUGGAUGAGAAUGUCCAUUUUGCACACACCAGUAUAUUACUGAGUUUUUUAGUGAGGGCUGGAAAGCCAUAUGAUUUACAGAUCUAUCCUCAGGAGAGACACAGCAUAAGAGUCCCUGAAUCUGGAGAACAUUAUGAACUGCAUCUUUUGCACUACCUUCAAGAAAACCUUGGAUCGCGUAUUGCUGCUCUGAAAGUGAUAUAGUUUUGACCUGUGUAGAACUCUGGUAUACACUGGCUAUUUAACCAAAUGAGGAGGUUUAAUUGAUAGAAAACAUGGGAUUGAUCAUCACAUUUUGAUACCUGCCACAUAACAUCUACUUCUGAAAAUACAUUUGUUGCCAUGCAGGCAUCUGCAGCUUGUAGAUAGUAAUCUAAUAACCACACACACACAAAAUUGAAUGACACGUAUUUCUAAAGGACCCAGCAAUACCAUGAGAAUUACUGAAAGAAAUAAGACAUUAGCACCAUGUAUCCAUACUACCUUAUUUUCACUUCUUAAUAGCAUUAUAAAAUUCAUGGAUUUAGUUAGUGUAUUUUUAUGGUAUACUUCUUCUGAGUUUGUUAAAAUAUGAUGUUAUUAGUGAUUGGUUUGGUUCAAUUCCAGAAACUCUGACUAGUUACAGAUUUGAUAGCACUUAAAUAUAAUUGAAUAGCUUAUGCUUCAUUGCUUGAGGUGUAUCCAGCAUGUUAUGAACUAAUCACUAUUAAACCUAUGACUUAACCAGUCAUUAAUGAUUUUC